CUUCAGAAGAGACAACACAGUCCCUCUGAGAGGAGCCACCGAAGUCCUCCUCAGAGGAGCCAUCACAGUCCCUCUGAGAGGAGCCAUCGAAGUCCUUCUCUAAAGAGCCAUCACAGUCCCUUUGAGAGGAGCCAUCGAAGUCCUCCUUCUCAGAAGAGCCAUCACAGUCCCUCUGAGAGGAGCCACCGAAGUCUUUCUCAGAAGAGGCGUCACAGUCCCUCUGAGAGGAGCCACCGAAGUCUUUCUCAGAAGAGACAUCACAGUCCCUCUGAGAGGAGCCAUAGAAGUCUUCCUCGGAAGAGACAUCACGCUCCCUCUAAGGGGAGCCACCGAAGCCUUCUUCAGAAGAGACAUCACAGUCCCUUUCAGAGGAGCCACCGAAGUCUCUCUCAGAAGAGGCGUCACAGUCCCUCUGAGAGGAGCCAUCGAAGUCUUCCUCGGAAGAGACAUCACAGUCCCUCUAAGAGGAGCCAUCGAAGCCUUCUUCAAAAGAGCCACCACAGUCCCUCUAAGAGGAGCCAUCGAAGUCCUUCUCAAAGGAGCCAUCACAGUCCCUCUGAAAGGAGCCAUCAGAGUCCCUGUGAGAGGAGAUGUCACAGUCCCUCUGAGAGGAGAUGUCACAGUCCCCUUGAGAGGAGCAGUCGCAGUCUCUUUCAGAAAACCCAUCACAGUCCCUUAGAGGUGUGAGGACACAGCCCUUUUGAGAGAAGACAGCACAGGCCCUCUGAGAGGAGCGGUCGCAGUUCCUCAGAGAGAACUUACUGUAGUCCCUCUGAAAGAAAUGGACGCAGUUGCUCUG